AGGGUCUAAAGCUUUGAACUUUCAAGCUUCUUUCUUCUUCGCCAAUUCAGAUCGCAGACAGACACAGAGAGUGAGAGAGGGAGAUGGGGAGCGACAGCGAGGCAGAGAAGUCGGUGCAGAAAGAGAAGGAGAAGAAGAAGAUGUUGGCCCUGGCUCCCAUUGCUAAACCUCUUGCUGGGAAGAAGCUUUGCAAGCGAACCCUAAAACUUGUUCGUAGAGCUGCCGAACACAAAUGCUUGAAAAGAGGAGUGAAGGAGGUCGUUAAAAGUAUAAGGAGAGGUCAUAAAGGGUCUGUCUGUUUUCUUUCUAACUUUUUCUUUCUCACAAAAACAUUAGAAAUGCUUACCCUAAUUUUCCGGUAUUGUGAAUGCAGAUUGUGUGUGAUUGCUGGGAACAUAUCACCGAUUGAUGUCAUCACUCAUGUUCCUAUUCUUUGUGAAGAGUCUGACAUUCCUUAUAUUUAUGUCCCAUCUAAAGAAGAUCUUGCAGGCGCAGGAGCAACAAAGAGGCCUACUUGCUGUGUUCUGGUACAGACAAAGCCUGCAAAGGGUGAAAUAGAGCAAGGGGAACAAGAGAAACUAAAGUCAGAUUAUGAUCAAGUUGUAGCGGAAGUUACUGAGCUUACAACUUCACUCUUUUGAAUUAAGCACACAUGUAUCUACUGUUUGUUUCAGCUGGAUUAACAUGUGGUAUUAGUGUGCCUUACAAUCAAUUGAUGUAUGAAUUUUAUUAUUUUUCUAUCUUGCUUAUUAUUUUCUUGUCAUAUAGUCUACCACUGCCUUAUCAUUUGCAUAAUUUGCCUUGUCCACCUUCAUGAUUUUCCCAUGAGGAUGCCCGAAGCAAUCUUGAUUUGAAUUUGGAAUC